UCAGGGGGACCCAGCAAGCAAUAACAAACACAAGCAGCCAUUAGCGAACACACGUUUACAGCUGAACAGAUAGAUAAUUUUUGUCCAUAAGGACACUUUAAGCCAUUUCUAUAUUCUGCUUACCGUGUGCGUAAGUGCUGCAUCGUACAUACUGAGUGCUCUGUCACGUAAAUGAUUUAACUGUUAUCCAACAUUUGCCAAAAACGAGCCAAACCAGCUAACAAGCGCUAAUCCUUCCCUGGCGAGUUUGUUCUCGUACACGCAACAUAAGGUGGCCAGUAUAUAAACAGUAGAAAGUCAACUAUAUUGGUUUGAUGCGGUGACAUGUGAGACGGGAGGACAUUUUGGACCUAUUUUUAACGCUGCGGUGACAUAAAAGAGGCCGACAAGUACACCAAAACCAUUGAAGGAUGCUUCAACCGGGUGGGUGGUGGGCAGGAGCACCUCUGACAGUCCUUUCCGUCAUUUUAUGCAGCAUAUCACCCUCGCCCACACAUGCAUACAUCUAUGCUCAUUACAGCAAUGUGACCUUGUUGUUUGAGGACCUGCCAGCCCUGUUUGGAUCCCCCCUUCCCAAGGAUGGACUCAUGGGUGUUUUAGUGGUUUCCCACCCUCUCAAUGGCUGUGCACCGAUCGCCCCCCCUCCUUCACUCCUGCCAGUUUUGGAGGCCAACACCACCAAAUUCAUAGCUCUCAUCAAACGCUAUGAGUGCAGUUUUGAUCGAAAGGUCUUACAUGCGCAGCAAGCUGGAUACAGCGCUGCCAUCAUCCACAACAUGUACUCCGACUCUCUGCUCAAUAUGAACGCCAGUAACGAUACCAUUGCAGGGGAGAUUGUGAUCCCCUCAGUCUUCACCAGCUUCUAUGCCUCGGAAGCUCUUAAGAAUUUUAUCAUUCCAGAUGAAGGAGCCUAUGUGAUAUUAAAGCCAGAGUUUGCGUUCCCACUCUCAUACUACCUUAUUCCUUUCACUGGAGUGGUUGGCAUGAUCAUUAUUGUGAUGUUUGUUAUCUUGGGCAUACGCUGUGUGCAGUACAGAAAGAGGCUCAGAAAAAAUCGCUUGUCAAAGGAACAGCUGAAGCGCAUUCCUAUUCACAAGUUCACUAAAGGGGAUGACUAUGAUGUGUGUGCCAUAUGCUUGGACGACUAUGAAGAAGGAGACAAGUUGCGGGUUUUACCCUGUUCACAUGCCUACCACAGCAAGUGUGUGGACCCGUGGCUAACCAAGACUAAGAAGACGUGCCCCGUGUGCAAACAGAGGGUCACCCAGAGCAACACAGAGCACUCAGAGUCAGAGUCGGACGAGGAGAGCGCAGGACGAGGAGGAGGAGGAGGAGGAGGAGGAGGAGGAGGAGGAGGAGGAGGAGAAGAAGGAACAGACGCUGACUCCGAGCGCACCCCUCUUCUCCGCCCGUCAAACCCAGGUUCUCCCUCUGGGAGUCCGGGGGCCUAUUCAGCCACCAACAACACCACAGUGACCACCGCCCAGUGCAUCUCCUCGCCGGCUCACGACAACUCCCCCGUGCUGGGAUACGAAGGCUACUAUUCCCCUCAGGAGGAUACAGACUCGGAAAGCUAUGAGACAGAAGAUGAGCGGCACCCCGGUGACGACGACACCGCUCAGCUUAUCGACAGGGAUACAGUGCGCAUCUGAUGGCUGAAUCGUCAACAUGACUCAACAAGAAAAGGGCCUUUGCUGUUCUCCUAUUGAUCACUGUGUACUCAGUUGAACCUUUUGUUGUAUUGUAACCACACACAGCUCAACUUAACACACAUGUUGCGUUGAUCCGUUAGACUUACGAAUGAAUGCCACACGUCAGUAAAUGUUGAAGGGCAAACACGCAAAACUCACACUUUAGGAUGUUAAAGGUUUCUCAUGCUUCAAUUCUAAUAAUUUUAUGUGUGACAUUGUCUUUCACUUCUUUACUGUGUGUUAAUGUUUUAGUUUUGCUUAUCUUGCACACUAAAUUACGCACUACUAAAAUAUCUGCAGCUUUAACAAUAUUUUGCUAUUGGAUCAAUGCAUAUCUUAGCUUCAGAUGACCAUGAUCUUAAGAUGAAUGGGUUUGUUAUAAACACGUUUCCAUUUUUCCACCUACUGUUUCUGGUGUGCCUAUCUAUGUAAAAACUGCAUGCCACAUCAUUUUUCAACCCUCAUGAAGUUGGUACAUUGGUUGUCACAUAUGUUGCUUUUUGUUGCGCACCAAGAAAAAUGUUGUGAUGUCAGAUAACAAACACUAGUUUGACAACGUUGUUUCUGUGGGUGCAGGCAGUAGUCGCUGUACUGACUUAAUGCAUCACACAAACAAAACAAGUACAGUACAUAUUCUGCCACGUCUUUUGGACUGAACAAAUAUGGGAUUGCCUUAUAUUGUACAUUAUGUACAUUUUAUGUGGGAUACCUUGUGUUCAAAAACUAAAAAGCUGCAGGUCUUUUAA